AUCAAUUCGGUACACGGCUAGUCACGUGACUCGCCUAUACUUUCUUGUAUUGUUCGAUUAUGGUCCAGACGAAGAGUUUCUAUCGAAUGGAUCCAAACACUACGCGAAACCAUUAAGUAACCAUCGAUUUUACAUAAAUAAAAUGUAAUUAAUAAGAAUGUAAUAAAACAUUUGUAAAUGUUGUUAACAUGGCAGCAAAAAAGAAAGAUGACAAUAGUAUCAAAACUGUUACUAUUAGAGAAGGAUUUAUAGAAGAAGAACGAGGAGUAGGAACAAUUGAAAAUUUAAUAUUUGGUAAUCAAAAUGCUAAAGCGGCUCUACCCCAGUCAACAAUAAGAGGUGGUGCUCAAUGUAACUGUUGUCCCUAUGGAUAUCAUAUUGAUUUAGAUUUUGUUACUUAUUGUGAAGAAUUAUAUAAUGGUACUUAUCAUCAUAAUGCUAAACAUCAUUUAUGCAAAGAACAUCACAAGCAUCGAAAGUCUCCUGAAAUCUCUAUGGGAAUCCGCAGUCACCUAGCAAAUAGGUUUCGCAAUAAAACUGGUGAUUCUUCAUUACUUAAACUUGAUAAUUCACUCAACUAUAAUGAAAAAUGGAAGGCAUAUCAAACUUGUCAUUCACAUGACUCUCAUAAAUCACCACUAACACCACUAAAAAUUGGUAUUAGUAUUGAUACAACAGAUGCACACUUGAGUAAUAUUCGUUUAUCUCCACAAUCUCAAAAUGAUGGACCAUCUUUAACACCACCAUUUACAACUUCGCACUCUCGAAGUGGAUCCAACACGUCUUUGUCUUCCACAUCUACAGAAUUUAAUAAUCAUUUUCAUCAUUCCAACAAUUCUUCUAAGUGCACAUGUGGAUCACAGCAAAUAGCAGAUACUAUGGCUGCAUUGAAUUCAGCUAGUGUUAUCCAAAGUGGCUUACCACCAGGUUAUGUUGGCAUAAAUACAAAUGUAUUGUCUACCAUACGAUCUCAAGUGGCCACCAGUCUACAGCGCAUGAAGGAACUUGAAGAGCAAGCAAAAGCAGUACCUGUUUUACAAGUAAAACUCUCUGUAUUAAAUGAAGAAAAACGAUUACUAUUAUUACAGUUAAAAAAUAAAUCCCAAAAUUUAGAACAAAAAUCUAUCAACAAAGGAGAAAAUGACAUAAAAGGAAAUGAUGACAGUUUAUCAUAUGCUGCAACCUUACCACGAUUUAGAAAGCGAACCUUAUCAGGAACAUCUUUGGGCAGGAGUGAAGUUCCAAUGUAUUCAAGCACAGGACACCUAACAUAUAGUCUUGAUGAACCCUUAGAAAAGCAUAAUGUUAUUGAUCUAAAAGAUUUCCAUUCUCAUAAGAGAAUCUAUGAUAGCAUAGAGAAAUUUGUGAAUAGUGAUAAUGAUAGCAUUUGUUCAGUGAAGGAACUUAGAAAUGUUGGAACAUCUUGUGCUGUUCUCACAAGAGACAUUGGGGUAGGUCAUGUUGCUGAAAGACAAAGGUCUGUUGGUAUUGGUGAUGAAAAAAUAUCUACAAAUCCUAAUAAAAUGUGUGUAAAAUGUGGAACAUCUACAAUUAGAAGUGAUAUUUUAUUAGACUCACUUUCAUCAUCUGAAUUUGCAGGAAGUGAAUCAGAUGGUGAGAGUAAUAAAUUUUUACAAAAAAGAAUUUUAUCAAAACAAAUCAAAACAUUGAAAACUGAAGAUAAAGCUGUUUUAACUGAUCCCAUUGUUGAAACUUCCAAAAGUCUAAAAUUAACAUCUAAUAAAGGUGAACAAAUUUCAAUACUUCCAUUUCCUCUUCCUUGUACAAAAUGUGAAGAAAAAGCCGCAAUAAAAUAUAAAAGCAUUGGAACUAAUCCAAAAUUAAUCGAUACAUGUUUCAAGUCAUCUGGAGUGAAUACUGAUCGUGUUAUAUUAAAACAUUCUAAUGUUUCUACAGAUAAUCCUAAAUUACUUACUGUUGGAUCUAUUACUGACAAAAUACUUUCAGAGUCUGUAGAUAUAGAAACAGAACUUUCUUCAAACGAUAUUGAUGCAUUACUCUUGCUACAGCAGAAACGUAAACAAAUGAAAGACAAAGGAACUGGGGUACCCCGACCAUUACUUGCUAAUGUCAGAAUUCAAACUAUUUCAAAUACAAAAGAUUCAGCAACUUCUAUAAAUAUUGAAACUCAACCUAUUGGAAUUCAAGUUAACAUACCAGUUAAAAGUCCUGAAGAGAUUAAACAGGAAUCUAGCCAAACUCUUCCAAGUCGUUUUCAGAAACAUAGUUUUGAAGAGAAAAAGAUUAUUAACAAAAGUGUACAAACUGAUAAUAUUCAGACAAUUGAUGCUAGUUGUGGAAGCUGUUCCAUUCAUGAUACAUUUUGUAAUAGAUGUGAGUUACGACAAAUGGAAACUAUAGGUGUCGGUGAUCAAAAUUUAUAUGAUGUCUUAUGUGAUCGUUGUCAAAAUGUAAAACUUACAGAUGUUGCUGUUGGAGAAGAAAAGUUUCCUGUCUUUCAUUCCAUUGGAAUUAAUACUGUUGAAACAUUAGAUAGGACAGUUUCUUCAAGUGAUUCUGGUAUUCAUGUUUGUGAUAAAUGUAAUGCUAAAAUAAAACUGGUUGCUAAAGAUUUAGUUGAUAAAAACAUGGAUAAUGUUCUUCAUUCAGCUUUUAGUCAUACUUACAAAGAAGACAAUAUAACUAAAACAAAAACAUUUGUAAAAAUUAAUACAGAAACUGUGCAAAAAAUUACUUCAAAUCAAAAAAUUGAAAUCAAAGAAAAUAAUAAUAAUGUAACAGAAAAAGAGGCAGAUAAAGAUAGCGUAGACAAGAACGCUCUUCCAGGGGUCUACAGAAUCCCCGUUACAGACACGCGGAGGCAGAAUAUGAUGUUCUACAUCGGAGCUACCGGAAGAUCCCUCAAAGAAAGGAUGGCAGAACACCAGAGAAACAUAAGAAGCGAACAACCAUGCACAGCGCUGGCAGCUUACGUCUUAGCUGACCCGCAAGAGGUCAAAGCUGAAUGGGAUCAAGCCAGAUUGAUACAAAUAGUUCGCAACAAAAAGCACCUCCAGUACGCUGAAGCCUGGCAUAUCUGCAAAGCAAGCCAAAAAGGAUUAGCUAUCAACUUCCGAGAUUCAAGCAAAGUAAAACUCUCUGUAUUAAAUGAAGAAAAACGAUUACUAUUAUUACAGUUAAAAAAUAAAUCUCAAAAUUUAGAACAAAAAUCUAUCAACAAAGGAGAAAAUGACAUAAAAGGAAAUGAUGACAGUUUAUCAUAUGCUGCAACCUUACCACGAUUUAGAAAGCGAACCUUAUCAGGAACAUCUUUGGGCAGGAGUGAAGUUCCAAUGUAUUCAAGCACAGGACACCUAACAUAUAGUCUUGAUGAACCCUUAGAAAAGCAUAAUGUUAUUGAUCUAAAAGAUUUCCAUUCUCAUAAGAGAAUCUAUGAUAGCAUAGAGAAAUUUGUGAAUAGUGAUAAUGAUAGCAUUUGUUCAGUGAAGGAACUUAGAAAUGUUGGAACAUCUUGUGCUGUUCUCACAAGAGACAUUGGGGUAGGUCAUGUUGCUGAAAGACAAAGGUCUGUUGGUAUUGGUGAUGAAAAAAUAUCUACAAAUCCUAAUAAAAUGUGUGUAAAAUGUGGAACAUCUACAAUUAGAAGUGAUAUUUUAUUAGACUCACUUUCAUCAUCUGAAUUUGCAGGAAGUGAAUCAGAUGGUGAGAGUAAUAAAUUUUUACAAAAAAGAAUUUUAUCAAAACAAAUCAAAACAUUGAAAACUGAAGAUAAAGCUGUUUUAACUGAUCCCAUUGUUGAAACUUCCAAAAGUCUAAAAUUAACAUCUAAUAAAGGUGAACAAAUUUCAAUACUUCCAUUUCCUCUUCCUUGUACAAAAUGUGAAGAAAAAGCCGCAAUAAAAUAUAAAAGCAUUGGAACUAAUCCAAAAUUAAUCGAUACAUGUUUCAAGUCAUCUGGAGUGAAUACUGAUCGUGUUAUAUUAAAACAUUCUAAUGUUUCUACAGAUAAUCCUAAAUUACUUACUGUUGGAUCUAUUACUGACAAAAUACUUUCAGAGUCUGUAGAUAUAGAAACAGAACUUUCUUCAAACGAUAUUGAUGCAUUACUCUUGCUACAGCAGAAACGUAAACAAAUGAAAGACAAAGGAACUGGGGUACCCCGACCAUUACUUGCUAAUGUCAGAAUUCAAACUAUUUCAAAUACAAAAGAUUCAGCAACUUCUAUAAAUAUUGAAACUCAACCUAUUGGAAUUCAAGUUAACAUACCAGUUAAAAGUCCUGAAGAGAUUAAACAGGAAUCUAGCCAAACUCUUCCAAGUCGUUUUCAGAAACAUAGUUUUGAAGAGAAAAAGAUUAUUAACAAAAGUGUACAAACUGAUAAUAUUCAGACAAUUGAUGCUAGUUGUGGAAGCUGUUCCAUUCAUGAUACAUUUUGUAAUAGAUGUGAGUUACGACAAAUGGAAACUAUAGGUGUCGGUGAUCAAAAUUUAUAUGAUGUCUUAUGUGAUCGUUGUCAAAAUGUAAAACUUACAGAUGUUGCUGUUGGAGAAGAAAAGUUUCCUGUCUUUCAUUCCAUUGGAAUUAAUACUGUUGAAACAUUAGAUAGGACAGUUUCUUCAAGUGAUUCUGGUAUUCAUGUUUGUGAUAAAUGUAAUGCUAAAAUAAAACUGGUUGCUAAAGAUUUAGUUGAUAAAAACAUGGAUAAUGUUCUUCAUUCAGCUUUUAGUCAUACUUACAAAGAAGACAAUAUAACUAAAACAAAAACAUUUGUAAAAAUUAAUACAGAAACUGUGCAAAAAAUUACUUCAAAUCAAAAAAUUGAAAUCAAAGAAAAUAAUAAUAAUGUAACAGAAAAAGAAUUAACUUCAGAACAUUCACCUUGUGAAGCAGACUUGAGUGAUUCAAGUAGUGAAAGUCCAGAUGAGAAAUCAUAUAAUGGAAUUUUAAGUAGAAUUAUUAGCAGACAUAAAACUGAACAUCUAACUCAACAAGAAAAAAAUGAAGCAGUGAUGUUUGAAUCUUAUGAAAUAAUGCCAAGAAAAAAAACUGAACUUAGUAAAGAAAUGAAAGAAUCUUGUAAAGUAUUAAAUGAAUCAUUAGUUUCACCACAAAAAGGAACCGAAUUGGCAUCAAAUAUGGAAGUAAUCCAAAAAGAAUGGUUUCAAAUUUCCAGUUGCAAAGAUUCAGAUCCACAUGUUGUAGAAGAUUAUUUGGAUGCUUUUGAAGAAAUAUCAAAACAUCUUCUACAUAGAAUUGUUAAUUUAACUGAUGCUAAUGGUAAUACUGCAAUGCAUUAUGCUGUGUCACAUGGCAAUUUUGAUGUUGUUAGUGUUCUUUUGGAUUCAAAAGUGUGUGAUGCAAAUAUUCAAAAUAAAGCAGGUUAUACAGCUGUUAUGUUAAUAUCUUUAGCUGAAAUAAGAAAUGAAGCUCAUAAACAAGUUGUCCGACGUCUAUUUCAGAUCAAUGAUAUUAAUCUUAAGGCUUCACAAAAUGGUCAGACAGCUCUUAUGCUUGCUGCUAGUCAGGGACGAGUUGAAGCUGUUAAGUUGUUGUUGGAAUGUGGAGCCGAAAUUAAUAUGCAAGAUAAAGACGGGUCAACUGCUUUAAUGUGUGCAGCAGAACAUGGACACGGAGAUGUUGUUCAUUUGCUUUUAUCAAUUCCUGAUUGUGAUCCCUCACUGACAGAUAAUGAUGGCAGUAGUGCAUUAUCAAUAGCUAUGGAUGCUGGUCAUAGAGAUGUUGCAUUAAUGAUUUAUGCAAAUAUGAAUUUUUCAAGAGGAAGUUCACCUUAUUCAUCUCUGAGAACACGAAGAAGUAGGACAGUUUCUUCAAGUCGAUCCAGUCUUCCAACAAAAGGUUCUCCAAGUACACCUCCACCAAGUCCAAGACCAAGAAGAAAUUCAAGCAAUUCUAGUACUUUUUGAAUCUGUUAAAUAAUAAUGCAAUAAUAGCUAGACUUAUAAUAUACUAAUAUUGAAUUAUAACUUCAAAAAAUGCUAGUACAAAAAUUACUAUGCAAUAUAAAUGAUAUUCAUUGAGAUAAAUAUAGCAUAAGUAGCUACCAUUAUUAUUUAAUGGUAGACUAUGAGAAUAUUGUCAAAAUAGUUUUAUACAAAAUCAGCUUAAAUUUGCUUUGAGGCUCAUUUUUGACACACAUACCUUGUAAUUUAUAAUUACAUAGUUAUGUGAGAGUUGUGCCAAAUGUGAUUUUACAUUAUCAAAAUGCAGAAUUUUUUGUAUAUCAUAUCUUCCAUUUUCUUCCAAAUAUAAAAAUUCAUAUUUUAAUAUUAAUAAAGCUACAAGGGUUAUAUUUAUAAAUAUAUAUAUUAAUAAGCUAAUGUGGCACCAUGAGAUAUGCUGUGCUUUGUUACCAAAAUAAUUUUUAUGUCCUAAUAUUAGCAAUAUAUUGUAUAACAACAAUGUAAAUGCAAUAUUCAAGAUAUAUCUAGUAAUAGUGCAAAGAAGGAGGGGUGCAAUAAACUUAUUAAUUUACAAAUUU